AGCGGAGCGCCGUCCUCAGUCCCGGCAGCCAGGAAAAGGAGGUGGCGGCGGGAGGGGCUCCCCCGGUACUGUCCGCCUUUUGAUGCUCGCUGGGUCCUGAGCUCCAUCCAUCCUUGCUGAUUGGGCUGCCUGGCGUUCCCACAUCUGGAUAGUGCAGACCCAGAAAAGAUACCAGGCACCACCGCACCUCGGGGGACCGACAAGACAACAAGCAGCUCCUGAACCCCGCGAAGAGCCCAGCUGGAUGCCAGCGCAGAGAUGGCUUUGAGCUCAGCCUGGUGCACUGCCCUGCCUCUGUGGCUCCUCUGGGGCGCCGCCUGCUCCAUUGCGGUGUCCGGGGACGACACCGCGUUUCUCUUUGACAUUGAAGGGAGCUCAGCUGUCGGCAGGCAAGACCUGCCUGAAACCAGCAAGCCACGCUUGACUCCCGAACCCCUGCCUCCUGCUGCCCAGAGAUGUGAUGCUGGAUUCUUCCGUGCUCUGUCAGGAGAAUGUUUGCCCUGUGACUGUAAUGGCAAUUCCAAUGAAUGCUUGGACGGCUCUGGGUUCUGUGUGCACUGCCAGCGGAACACCACAGGGGAGAACUGUGAAAAAUGUCUAGAUGGUUACAUUGGAGAUUCCAUCAGGGGAGCACCCCGAUUCUGCCAGCCAUGUCCCUGUCCCUUGCCCCACCUGGCCAUUUUUGCAGAGUCCUGCUAUAGGAAAAAUGGAGCUGUUCGGUGUAUUUGUAAAGAAAACUAUGCUGGACCUAACUGUGAAAGAUGUGCUCCUGGUUACUAUGGAAACCCCUUACUCAAUGGAAGCACCUGUAAGAAAUGUGACUGCAGUGGCAAUUCAGAUCCCAACCUGAUAUUUGAAGAUUGUGAUGAAGUCACAGGCCAGUGUAGAAAUUGCUUAAGAAACACCACAGGAUUCAAGUGUGAACGCUGUGCUCCUGGCUACUACGGCGACGCCAGGACAGCCAAGAACUGCGCAGUGUGCAGCUGCGGGGGAGGCCCAUGUGACAGCAUAACCGGAGAAUGCUUGGAAGAAGGUUUUGAACUCCCUACAGGCAUGGACUGCCCAACCAUAAGCUGUGACAAGUGCAUCUGGGACCUGACCGAUGACCUGCGGUUAGCAGCACUGUCCAUCGAGGAAAGCAAAUCCGGGCUGCUGAGCGUGUCAUCGGGCGCUGCUGCACAUAGACACGUGAAUGAAAUGAACUCCACCAUCUACCUCCUCAAAACAAAAUUAUUAGAAAGAGAAAACCAGUAUGUUCUAAGGAAGAUACAAAUCAACAGUGCUGAGAAUACAAUGAAAAGCCUUCUGUCUGAUAUGGAAGAAUUAGCUGGAAAGGGAAGUCAAGCUUCAAGAAAGGGGCCUCUGGUUCAGAAGGAAAGCAUGGAUACCACAGAGCACGCAACUAAGCUUGUAGAGCAAGCACACAAUAUGAGGGAUAAAAUCCAAGAGAUCAACAACAAGAUGCUCUAUUAUGGGGAGGAGCAGGAACUGGGCCCUGAGGAAAUUACCGAGAAGCUGGUGUUGGCCCAGAAGAUGGUUGAGGAGAUUCGACGUCGUCCACCAUUCCUCACCCAGAGGGAGCUUGUGGAUGAGGAAGCUGAUGAGGCCCAGGAACUGCUGAGCCAGGCUGAGAACUGGCAGCGGCUGCACAAUGAUACGCGCUCUUUGUUUCCUGUGGUCCUGGAGCAGCUGGAUGACUACAGUGCCAAGUUGGCAGACCUCCAGGAAUCACUAGACCAAGCCCUUGACCAUGUCAGGGAUGCCGAAGACAUGAACAGAGCCACAGCCUCCAGGCAGCGGGACCACGAGAAACAACACGAGAGAGUGGGGGAACAGGUGGGAGUGGUGAACACUUCUUUGAGUGCAUCUGUGGACUUCCUGUCAACAACUCAUCUGACUCUGGAGGAGCUUGAUGAUAUAAUAAAGAAUGCAUCAGGAAUUUAUGCAGAAAUAGAUGGAGCCAAAAAUGAGCUACAAGGAAAACUAUCUAACCUGAGUAUCCUCAGUCAUGAUUUAGUCCAAGAAGCUACUGACCAUGCACGCAACCUUCAACAAGAAGCUGAUGAGUUGAGCAGAAAUUUGCACCGUUCAGACAUGAAUGGGCUGGUGCAGAAGGCUGUGGAUGCAUCAAAUGUCUAUGAAAAAAUUGCCAGUUAUGUCAGUGAAGCCAAUGAAACAGCCGAAGUCGCUUUGAAUGUCACUGACCGAAUUUAUGAUGCUGUGAGUGGGAUUGAUACUCAAAUCAUUUACCAUAAAGAUGAAAGCGACAACCUUCUCAAUCAAGCCAGAGAACUGCAAGCAAAGGCAGAUUCUAGUAAUGGUGAAGCAGUGGCAGACACAAGCAGGCGCGUGGGUGGAGCCCUAGUGAGAAAAAGUACCCUUAAAAACAGAUUAAACGAUGCCCUUAAGCGACUCCAAGCAGCAGAGAGAGGUGACGCACAGCAGCGCCUGGCUCAGUCCAAACUGGUCAUUGAAGAAGCUAACAAGAAGACAGUCGAGAUCCAGCGGAUCACUGCGCCGAUGUCUAACAAUCUCACCACCUGGUCCCAGACUCUUCAAACUUUUGACUCUUCUGCUUACAACACUGCAGUGGACUCUGCUAGAGACGCAGUAAGAAAUCUGACAGAGGUUGUCCCUCAGCUCCUGGAUCAGCUUCGUACAGUUGAGCAGAAGCGGCCUGCAAGCAAUGUUUCUGCCAGCAUCCAGAGGGUCCGAGAGCUCAUCGCUCAGACCAGAAGUGUCGCCAGUAAGAUUCAAGUCUCCAUGAUGUUUGAUGGCCAGUCAGCCGUUGAAGUGCACCCCAAAACCAGUAUUGAUGACUUGAAAGCUUUCACAUCCCUCAGCCUGUACAUGAAGCCUCCCGUGAAGCAGCCAGAAGUGACUGGGACUGCAGAUCAGUUUGUGCUGUACCUCGGAAGCAAAACUGCCAAAAAAGAGUAUAUGGGUCUUGCAAUAAAAAAUGAUAACCUGGUAUACAUUUAUAACUUGGGAAAUAAGGAUGUGGAGAUUCCCCUGGACUCCAAGCCCGUCAGUUCCUGGCCUUCUUAUUUUAGCAUUGUCAAGAUUGAAAGGGUAGGGAAACAUGGAAAGGUGUUUUUGACAGUCCCAAGCCUGAGUACCACAGCAGAGGAAAAGUUUAUUAAAAAGGGAGAGUUUGCAGGAGAUGACUCCUUGCUGGACCUGGACCCUGAGGACACUGUGUUUUAUGUUGGCGGGGUGCCUUCAAACUUCAAGCUCCCUGCCAGCUUAAACCUGCCAGGCUUUGUUGGCUGCCUGGAGUUGGCCACUUUGAAUAAUGAGGUGAUCAGCUUGUACAACUUUAAGCACAUCCACAAUAUGGAUCCCUCCAAGUCAGUGCCUUGUGCCAGGGAUAAACUGGCCUUCACUCAGAGUCGGGCUGCCAGUUACUUCUUUGAUGGCUCCAGUUAUGCUAUAGUGAGGGACAUCACAAGACGAGGGAAAUUUGGUCAAGUGACUCGCUUUGACAUAGAAGUUCGAACCCCAGCUGACAAUGGCCUUGUGCUCCUGAUGGUCAAUGGAAGCAUGUUUUUCAGCCUGGAAAUGCGUGAUGGUCACCUGCGUGUGUUCUAUGACUUUGGAUUCAGCAAUGGUCCUGUUCAUCUUGAAGACACAUUGAAGAAAGCCCAGAUUAACGAUGCAAAAUACCAUGAGAUCUCAAUCAUUUAUCACAAUGAUAAGAAAAUGAUUUUGGUAGUUGACAGACGACAUGUCAAGAGCAUGGACAAUGAAAAGAUGAAAAUACCUUUUACAGACAUAUACAUUGGAGGGGCUCCCCCAGAAAUCUUACAAUCCAGGACCCUAAGAGCACAUCUUCCCCUAGAUAUCAAUUUCAGAGGAUGCAUGAAGGGUUUCCAGUUCCAAAAGAAAGAUUUCAAUUUACUGGAGCAGACAGAAACCCUAGGAGUUGGUUACGGAUGCCCAGAAGACUCUCUUAUAUCUCGUAGAGCAUAUUUCAAUGGGCAAAGUUUCAUUGCUUCCAUUCAGAAAAUAUCAUUCUUUGAUGGCUUCGAAGGAGGUUUUAACUUCCGAACAUUACAGCCAAAUGGGUUACUAUUCUACUAUGCUUCAGGGUCUGAUGUGUUUUCCAUUUCGCUGGACAAUGGUACAGUUGCCAUGGACGUAAAGGGCAUCAAGGUUCAGUCAGCAGAUAAGCAGUACAAUGACGGGCUGUCCCACUUCAUCAUUACCUCUGUCUCAUCCACAAG